UAAAGCACAGGAUACCUGCCUCCUCCCUUCUUGUCUCACAAGUGAUUCCCUGGGGACCAAAAUGAACAUGCUACCCAGGAGGGUGUGGCAGCUGCUCUGAGGGUUCCGGAGUCGCUGAAUGACAUGAGACUUCACGGAGAACCCCGCGCUUUGUCCUUUUACUUCAUCUCCUUAGUUAAGUGACAGUCCACGUGCCUGGCCUUGAGGGAUGGCCAGCCAGAGGCCCAGCCGACCCACCUGCAUCAGGGCAGCCUUUAGUGCAGCUGGCUUUCGGAAGUGGCAGAGACACGCGCGCCAUCGCCUUCAGGUCAGCUCCAGAAGGAACCUCAUGGACCUUGCUGAAGGCAUCUGGAGAGAGUUUUUAGAUCCUUAUGAUGGUGACUCGGAAGACACCCCAGGUCAUUCCAACUAUCGCAGUUACCAUAGCCAUCGUGCCCACCACCUCCUGGGUGAUAGGAACCGCAACUCGCCUUCCUACACACUGAAAUUCAGGACUGCUGAGGAGGCCAGCGUGGAAGACUCGCUCCCAAAGGCUCCAGACCUCACCAUGAAAGCUUCUGUCUGGGCCCCUGCAGCCCUCGAAGUCCAUGACGUCGACAUGCAGCCUGAGGGUGAACUAAAGACCAACGGGUGUCCUGGCAGACUGUCCCCAUCACCAGAGGACUGGAGGAUGACAAGGGCUGCCAGCCCCCUCAAUCCUGUGGAGACCCAAGAGAUAGGCAGACAGCUGCUGGGCAGAGCCAGAGCCACCCGGUCACCACCCAGACUCGGGAGUGACAGAGAUAAGGGGACCAGGCUGUCGCUUUCCAAGAGAAAACUGGAGCUCCUACUUGGAGAGCCUGAGAGAAUUAAGAGGAAGAAGAAGUACGUGGCCCAGCUCUGGGGCCCGAGUUAGCUCAGGGUAGGGGUGUGGGGCCAGCACAGAGCCAGGGACCCACGCCAAACUCAGUCCUUACCACCCAGCAUAAAAAUGGGUGUACGGAUUCUGAGAUGGCUCAGAGGGUCAGGGCGCUUGCUGCAAAGCCUGAUGACCGGAGUUCAAUCCUUAGGACCCACAUGGUGGAAGGAGAGAACCAACGUCCACAGGAACACAUAAUGGUGUAUGUGUGUGUGCAUGUGUACGGGUAUGUGCGCGAGUGCACACGCACACACACACACACACACACACACACACACACACACACAAUGUAAAAAAAUAUUUAAAAAUAGAUUGCAAUUCAGGGAUAGACCCGAGUGGCCUUCACUGGGCCUCCUACCCCAAACCUCAGGAUCUUGUUCCAUUUCCUGCCAUUCUGCCUGCCCAUCUCCUGAGUGCUGGAUCGAAGGCAGAUCCCUUCCGGUUCCUUGUGUGUUCAGAGCUCUCUCACUGCCCGUGCUGGGCAAGCCCUCUGUGUCCCCUGGGAGCAGGCUUCUGGUCGUGCUGGGCUCUCCUGGGAGCUGUUUCUCCCCAGUUGUGCUUCGGCCAGCUUGUCUACUGACCUUUCACUUUCUUUCUGGUAGGUAACAAAGCUGAGCACACGUCUGGGGCUGCUCUCCAGGUCCUGUCCUCCCCUCGGUGGGGACAAGGUUCCCAAGUGCAAAUAAAAACGGCACCACAAGGAGGUGCCCGUUUUUGGCAGGGCA